AAAGAUUUCUCAAAUAAUGCCUUCUCUUAGUUUAUAUCGUAUAUCUUUGGUUAAAUAAGUGAAAUAGUUUUAAAUGUAAAAAAAAACAUGCCAAAAAUUAGAGAGUAUAAUGAUGAAGCUAUGAAAUUGGACGAAUGUUUUAAAGAAACCUUAUCGUGUGUCAGACCUUUUGUUUUAGCAUUAACAUCUCCUGAAAGUGCACAAUUGUGCAAAAUUUGGCUUAAUAAAUUAAAUGCCGUUUCUUCGCAACGUCGUCUAAGAAAUGAAUAUCUCGCGGAAUUAUUUAGGCAAUUAAAGACAGGACAUAUUGGAGGAGUUUUUAGUAGGCCUCCACCUAAUGGAUUUCUUCUACCAUUACCUAAAUCGUAUCAUAUGGUACCUAUACUAGAAAUUAUGAAAUUUAUUAUAAUUGAAACAUAAUUAACGUCUAAUACAGGUCUGUAUUAGCUCAUCUGUAAGUAACUUAUCAGACUACACUAUGAAAUCUCAUCAUAGUUGUGUAAAACCAAAUGCAAAGUGUACUCAGCAUCAACGACGUAAAACAUUAUUAAAACACCGUACGAUGGA